AGCGCACAUACCAGAAGCUGACGUGGCAUCCCUCCUUUUGUCUUCCUAUUUUUCUCACCACCCCUCAAACUCUUCUUUCCUCCACAAAUCUCUCUCUCUGCUUUCUUCAUUUGCUCUCUCCUUCCUCUCAAAGCUUGUUCCUUUACUCCGACCGAGCAUAGCUUUCUUAUAAUCUCUGAGAGCUAACCAUUUUCUGAGAUCUCUAGAAAACGGACGGAGAAGAGAAGAAAUUAAGCUCAUUUCAACAACCUCCAGAUUCAAAAAUUUAACCUUUUUAGUUUCUUUAAUAACCUCCGGCGAGAUCUCUAAAUCCGGGAAGCUAUGGCGUCGUCUCCGUUGACUACGAAUGUUCAGGGUGCCAAAACUAAGAUACAAUUGAGUGACCAAGAGGGAAAUGACUAUGCACCCAAGGUGAGGAAACCGUACACGAUAACAAAAGAAAGAGAGAGAUGGACUGAUGAAGAGCACAAUAAGUUUGUUGAAGCAUUGAAGCUACACGGGCGAGCAUGGAGGAAAAUAGAAGAACAUGUGGGUACAAAGACUGCUGUUCAGAUUCGAAGCCAUGCUCAGAAGUUUUUCUCCAAGGUUGCUAAAGAAGCAUCUGGAGGUAAUGGGAGCUCGCUGGAGCCAAUUCUGAUACCGCCUCCUCGUCCCAAGAGAAAACCUAUGCAUCCUUACCCACGCAAGUUGGGGAACGAGGGAGAUCAAGCAAGCAGAUCAGUUUCUCCUUCAGAACGAGACAACGGAUCUCCAACCUCUGUGUUGUCCACUGUUGGAUCAGAAGCCUUGGGUUCCUCUGAUUCACAUUCACCUAACCGAAGCUUGUCCCCGGUUUCCUCUGCAUCACCUCCUGCUGCUCCUCUUGCAGCUACUGCAAAUGCACCUGAAGAGCUUGAGACUCCUGCUACGAAGCUGGAGUUGUUUCCAAGAGAGAGCUUGGUCAAGGAACCGAAGAAGCAAAGCCUUAGACUCUUUGGGAACACAGUUUUGGUAUCUGAUUCAGGCGUGUCCUCUUCUCUAACAACGUAUUGUAAGUCACCUAUCAUUCAGCCAUUACCAAGGAAACUCUCGAGGUCCGAAACAUUCCCCAUGGUGAUAAACCCACAAGAGAAACUCUUGAGCUGUUGGAUACAACAAGUCCCUCCUAAGCAAGAAGAAGUGGAAAACAGAUGCUCAGAUUCAGAAAAGGCUGUUCAGAAUGAAGGAUCAUCGACAGGAUCAAACACUGGUUCGGUGGAUGAUACAGGACACACGGACAAGAGCUCAGAACCACAUGAGACAAUGGUAUGUCGCUGGGAGUUUAAAGCUAGCGAGAGGUCUGCGUUUUCUGAGCUAAGAAGAAAGAACUCUGAGUCUAAUUCAAGAGGGUUUGGUCCAUACAAGAAGAGAAAGAUGGUUAUAGAGGCAGAACAAGAACAGAUACGCCUCUGCUUAUAGUUAUGACAUUUUCUGAAGGUACUCAAGUCUUUAGAUCCAAAUAUUCAUUAAACUUUCAUCAAAGUGUUUUGUUUUUUGUUGUUGUUGUUGUUUCAUUUUGUUCUUCGAGCUGUUUGUUGUUUUAGGCAUAAUUUGUUACUACUGUAAACCACUUGUACAAUUUUUUUACUAAAGUUAAUCUAGUGAUUAUAAUGAUCGAACCGAUUUGAAAACCAACCCA